CCGAGGCAGAAAUUUUCCUUUUCAACGCAACGACUGGUGAUGAUUUUAACCUGUGAGGUGAUGGUUUUAACUGAGGCACCUCGGUGAGACGCGUGCAGUGCCUGGCGCUGCGCUGGUACAGCAGCAGCUCGCAGAAACGGGAAUCCUGAGGAGAAAAUGGCCAAGAUGGAGGUCAAGACGUCACUUUUAGAUGACAUGAUAGGGGUGGGAGAUAUGGUUCUUCUGGAGCCGCUUAAUGAAGACUCGUUCAUCAAUAACCUGAAGAAGCGCUUUGAUCACAGCGAAGUCUAUACGUACAUUGGCAGUGUGGUGAUAUCAAUAAACCCCUACAGACCUCUACCCAUUUAUACUCCAGAGAAAGUUGAAGAAUACAGAAACCGAAACUUUUAUGAGCUCAGCCCCCACAUCUUUGCUCUGUCAGAUGAAGCAUACAGAUCUUUAAGGGACCAGGACAAAGACCAGUGUAUUCUUAUUACAGGAGAGAGCGGAGCUGGUAAAACAGAGGCAAGCAAACUUGUCAUGUCAUAUGUAGCUGCAGUGUGUGGCAAGGGGGCAGAGGUUAACCAGGUAAAAGAACAACUUCUGCAGUCAAAUCCAGUUCUUGAAGCUUUUGGAAAUGCCAAAACAGUGAGGAAUGACAACUCCUCUAGAUUUGGCAAGUACAUGGAUAUUGAGUUUGAUUUCAAGGGUGAUCCCCUCGGAGGAGUUAUAAGUAACUAUCUGCUAGAGAAGUCCCGGGUUGUUAAGCAGCCAAGAGGUGAAAGAAACUUUCAUAUUUUCUAUCAGAUCCUGUCUGGUGCAUCAGAAGACUUCCUCUGCAAACUCAAGCUGGAGCGGGACUUCAGCAGAUACAACUACCUGGGCCUUGACUCUGCCAGAGUAAAUGGGGUGGAUGAUGCUGCGAACUUCAGAACAGUGAGGAAUGCCAUGCAGAUUGUUGGUUUUAUGGAUCACGAAACUCAGUCUGUUUUUGAAGUGGUGGCAGCAGUUUUAAAAUUGGGAAAUAUUGAAUUUAAGCCUGAAUCUCGCGUCAAUGGCUUAGAUGAAAGUAAAAUCAAAGAUAAAAACGAGCUCAAGGAAAUCUGCGAGUUGACAGGUAUAGACCAGUCGGUACUGGAGAGAGCUUUCAGCUUCCGGACAGUUGAGGCCAAGCAAGAAAAAGUUUCAACAACACUGAAUGUGGCUCAGGCUUAUUACGCCCGUGAUGCUCUGGCUAAGAAUUUAUACAGUCGGCUCUUUUCUUGGCUUGUUACCAGAAUCAAUGAGAGCAUUAAGGCACAAACUAAAGUGAGAAAGAAGGUGAUGGGCGUGCUGGACAUCUAUGGCUUUGAAAUUUUUGAGAAUGCAGACAACAGCUUUGAGCAAUUCAUUAUCAACUACUGUAAUGAGAAGCUGCAGCAGAUCUUCAUUGAACUUACCCUCAAAGAAGAGCAGGAGGAGUACAUCCGAGAGGGAAUCGAGUGGACUCAUAUUGAGUAUUUCAACAACGCUAUAAUUUGUGACCUAAUAGAAAACAACCAAACUGGAAUCCUGGCCAUGCUAGACGAGGAGUGCCUGAGACCGGGGACUGUUACUGAUGACACCUUCUUAGAAAAGCUGAACCAAGUCUGUGCCACUCACCAGCAUUUUGAGAGCAGGAUGAGCAAGUGCUCCCGGUUCCUCAAUGACACCUCCUUGCCUCACAGCUGCUUCAGGAUUCAGCAUUACGCUGGCAAGGUUAUGUACCAGGUGGAAGGAUUUGUUGACAAAAAUAACGAUCUUCUGUACCGUGACCUCUCCCAGGCCAUGUGGAAGGCCAGUCACUCUCUUAUCAAAGCGUUGUUCCCCGAAGGUAACCCCGCCAAGAUCAAUCUAAAGAGGCCACCGACAGCAGGGUCACAGUUCAAGGCAUCGGUAGCUACCUUGAUGAAGAAUCUUCAGACAAAAAAUCCAAACUACAUUAGGUGCAUCAAACCCAAUGACAAGAAGGCUGCCCACAUUUUCAAUGAUGCCCUGGUGUGCCACCAGAUCCGCUACCUCGGUCUUCUGGAGAACGUCCGGGUCAGGAGGGCAGGUUAUGCAUUCAGGCAGGCAUAUGAGCCGUGCCUGGAAAGGUACAAAAUGCUCUGUAAGCAGACUUGGCCCCACUGGAGAGGGCCAGCCAGGGCUGGUGUAGAGGUAUUGUUUAACGAAUUGGAAAUCCCUGAAGAAGAAUUUUCAUUUGGUAGAUCAAAGAUAUUCAUCCGCAACCCCAGAACGCUCUUCAAACUAGAAGAUUUGAGAAAGCAGCGACUGGAGGACCUGGCUACUCUCAUCGAGAAGAUUUACAGAGGUUGGAAGUGUCGCACACGCUUCUUGUUAAUGAAGAAAAGCCAGAUUGUGAUUGCUGCCUGGUACAGGCGAUACGCACAACAGAAGAAGUAUCAGAAGAUAAAGAGUUCAGCUAUUAUAGUACAAUCUUACAUCCGGGGGUGGAAGGCUCGGAAACUUCUUCGGGAGCUUAAGCAUCAGAAGCGUUGUAAUGAGGCUGCCACAAUAAUUGCCGCUUACUGGCAUGGGACCCAGGCACGAAGGGAACUGAGACGACUGAAGGAGGAGGCUAGAAAUAAACAUUCUAUUGCUGUUAUUUGGGCUUACUGGCUUGGAUAUAAGGCUCGAAGGGAAUUGAAACGCUUGAAGGAAGAGGCUAGGCGUAAGCAUGCUGUUGCAGUCAUUUGGGCUUACUGGCUUGGACUGAAGGUCCGUAGAGAGUACAGGAAAUUCUUCAGAGCCAAUGCUGGAAGAAAAAUUUAUGAAUUCACCCUGCAGAGACUUAUGCAGAAAUACUUCUUGGAAAUGAAGAAUAAGAUGCCUUCUUUAUCGCCAAUAGAUAAAAACUGGCCAGCGAGACCUUACCUUUUCUUGGAUUCAACUCACAAGGAACUAAAGAGGAUUUUCCAUUUGUGGAGGUGUAAGAAGUACAGAGACCAGUUCACCGAUCAACAGAAGCUGAUAUAUGAAGAAAAACUGGAAGCAAGUGAACUUUUCAAGGACAAGAAGGCUUUAUAUCCAGCCAGUGUUGGGCAACCGUUUCAAGGGGCUUACCUGGAGAUCAGCAAGAACCCCAAGUACAAAAAACUUAAGGAUGCUGUGGAUGAGAAGAUCAUUAUUGCUGAAGUUGUGAACAAGAUCAAUAGAGCUAACGGGAAGGCUACAUCCAGGAUUUUCUUAUUAACCAAAAAUAACGUUCUCCUUGCGGAUCAGAAGUCUGGGAAUAUCAAGUCAGAGGUUCCACUGGGAGAUGUUACCAAAGUGUCCAUGAGCUCCCAAAACGAUGGCUUCUUUGCAGUGCACCUCAAGGAGGGUUCAGGAGCAGCUGUUAAAGGGGAUUUUCUGUUGAGCAGCGAUCACCUUAUCGAAAUGGCCACUAAACUUUACCGCACUACUCUCAGCCAAACCAAGCAGAAGCUCAACAUUGAGAUUUCUGAUGAGUUUCUGGUCCAGUUCAGACAAGACAAAGUGUGUGUGAAGUUCAUACAAGGCAGCCAGAAAAAUGGCAACAUCCCAACUUGCAAACGAAAAAACAAUCGGCUUCUUGAAGUGGCUGUCCCAUAACUGCAGCUGGUGCCUCUCCCUUUCAUGGACUUGUUUCUUUGUAAUAGUGCAAUUUUAGUUUGGUUUUGCUGGUUUUACCCCUUUCUAGAGCUGUUGAUGGCUAAUAGCUUUGGAAACCCAUGGCAAAACAUUUGAUCAGUUGACUUUUUAACCUUUUCCUUUGUGCCAUAGUUUUAACCUUCAACAUGCAGAUUUUUACCCAGUGGGGCAUUUUUACCAGUUGGCAAGUUUUCUGUCAUACAUGAAUCAUUCUCUUUGUUUAGUGGCCAUAUUUUACUGCAGCAUACCAUAAACCCACAUAUUAACGGUAAAUUACUCAUAUUCCUUAGUCUAGAGAUCCACUUAACAGAAACUAUACGUGACCUUGAUGCUUAGGGGCAACUUGUGCCCUGUGGCUUUUUAUGCCAACCUACCUGCUCUGGUGCUCUGACGUGCUCCUCCCUUUCUGGAGAGCCUGGCAGAGCUGAGACUGAGACACUAAUCAUUGUAGUUAACUCUAGGACAUACAUAACUUGAUCCUUUAGUAAAUACAGCAGGGGAACACCGAAUUCUGCAAAACAGAAGGAACAUAUGAUUAUACAAGCAGUUGUAUGGAUAAAUUUUUAAUGAAAAAAAAAGUGGAAAUUUUGAAACAUGAUUUUUAAUUGGGUCAGAUAUUUUUAAUAACUUUAUAAAGUAGAAAUAAGAAUAAAUUUAAAGAAGCUUAUUUCAUUCACAAAAGAUAUACAGUUUAAAGCAUAUUUUCUGUUCUGCUUUUUUCUUUAAAUUAUCAGUUAUGAUUAGAGCCUGAAAAACGCAGUAGUAUUCAUAGCACAAGUAACUGCUAGUUAUUUAAACCAUUAGUUAUCAAGCGAAGGGUUUGAGCCUUUCUUUUAGAUAUUGGCAUGUACAAUGUGCAAUAAGACAUACAUGACAUUUUGUGAAAAAUUAUUUAUAAUACAUUUUUGUGUGCAAGAGAGAGGAUUGGUGCAGCCUGCAUAGACAGCGUAGGGGUUGAAAUAGAUUUGUGUUGUUAAUUUGCAGUUUUUUAGAGUGUACACUACAGUUGUCAAUUUGGGAAGAAUACUUCAAAUUAAAAAUUCCUGAAUUUGAGGGUCUGUAUAUAAAUUGGUAUUAUGGUAAUAAAACUGUUUUAAUUCUGUGCUGUUUGGUACUCCUAUGUUAUAACCAUAUUUUUGUACUCCAAACUAUUUUAUAUAACUCGUGUGCCUGAUGUAAAUGUGUGCACAGAAAAUACAAUCCAAGAGCUGCAUUAUAAACUUUCAGCGUAACUGAUUGCACUUAAUCUUUUAUAAACCAGAAGCAUUAGUUGAAAUCCUUAAGAGGAGCUGCAUUUUUAAGAUAGAAGUAACUACUCAUGUGAAGGGGUUGCUGAAUGUGUUUGCUUUGUUGAUGCAAGGACAGCUGAGAAACCAUUGUGUUUUUGCAGUCUGAUAUAGGACAGAUGAAGACCCUGGGUACUUGAUGUGCAGUGCUGGAAGUCCAAGCAUAAAUAAAGAAAAGAUAAAGAAAAGUUCAGAGUCUCGUUACUCUUCCGGUGGUGAAGUUAUGUAGUACUGAUGCCUGUGAAGGCUCCUCUGGGUAGUUCACCGUUAAUGUUGGCUCUCCAGGUUAAAACUGUGUGUACAGAAGCUGAUGUUCUAAUGCUAGUGGUAGCCUCCUUAUCAAUCUGGAAAAAAAAGAAAAAGGAGCUGUUUUGGGUAAUAUUGGGUCUUACUUUGGGAUUAAAGUAGAUGGUUUUGCUAUGAUUUGGAUACAAAACAAUUGCUUUAACUGGUUGCUUAAUGCUGCUGUUAGAAGUCCAUGCACAUGACCUUGAAAGGUGGGAGUAACCAAACUAUGACAAUAAGUUACUUCAUUAUGAUCCAAGUUUAACCCCUCCCCCUUUUUUAUUAAUAACUAAGUCAGAUUAAUAGUUUAGUAAAAUAUAAAGCAUUUUAGAUGUUUUGUAAUUAGAGAUGCUUACAAAGGAAAUCUUAGUAUCAAUGUAUAAUGCAAAAUUAGGAUACCUCAAAGUAAUUACUCCAUUGCCUUAAGAAGACAACACAUAACUCCUAAAUUUAAAACUCCCUAAAACCUGUGUGUUAGCAUUCCUUCCUUGUAAGGACUGGAGGGUUUGUUUGGUACCUUGAAAACCUUACAAUAAGAACCACAUGGAGCACGUUUUAAAAAUGAAUGCAAGUAGAGGAAAGCAAACAUUUGAAUGAUGGCUGAUGUACUCCUGUAGUUGUUUGCAGGUAGGAAAUGAGAGAUUAAGUACAUUUGAAUGUUUGUCCAAUGAACUUUAGGAUAUUUCAGGGUAAUAUUAGGAUAUUUGACCCAUGAAAUUAACCCCAUCACAGCCAGAGCCAGUACACAUCCCUUUUAUCUUGUUGGUCUUUGCAGCAAGCGGCGAUAGCCAUACUAGCAUAACACUGGAAGAAUGGCAAAUUCCUCACUUUGAUGUCUGUUGUUUCACUUCUUUUUCUGGAACAUUACCAUUUUUGCCUUGCAUAUUAGUUCAUAUGUUGUGAUAGCUACCGGUUGACACCUACGCAGUUCGUAAUGUACAGAGUGAGUUUUGCUGAACAUGAAUUAUUUAGAUAUGCUAGUUGAGUCAUGGUGUUUUGAUGUUUAGAUCUAAGUAUCCAGGAUGAUGAAAAUAAAAAUGCGUGGUCAGCUAGUUUUUUCUUUUCCUCUGUAUUCUUUUAUAACCUUCUAUCAAACGAAAUUGUAAAGAGAAAACAACUACUCCUAUGGUGCUAACCUUAUGCAUCCUUUUACUUGUAAAUUUUCAUUUGUCGUCUGAGAGCGGGGCAAGGAUCAUUUAAAAAAAAAUUGUUUCUUGCAAUUUUCCAGAAUCAAAUAAAAAUUCUGUUCCUAGA